UUUUUGAAGUGGCGGCCUGUCAGUGAGUGACACCGGUAAUAGAGUAGUACUGCCGCCAUGAUCCUGCUAGAGGUGAACAACCGCAUCAUCGAGGAGACCCUCUCCCUCAAGUUCGAGAAUGCGGCGACCGGGAAUAAACCGGAGGCGGUGGAGGUAACAUUUGCAGACUUCGAUGGCGUUCUGUAUCACAUCUCCAACCCCAACGGUGACAAGGCGAAAGUGAUGAUCAGUAUUUCGUUGAAGUUCUACAAAGAGCUGCAGGAACAUGGAACCGAUGAGGUCCUGAACAAAGUGUAUGGAAAUUACCUCGUUUCUCCAGAGCCAGGUUACAAUGUAUCUUUGCUGUAUGAUUUGGAGGCAUUACCCCCCAACCGAGAUUCCGUUAUACACCAAGCCGGCAUGCUGAAGAGAAACUGCUUUGCCUCCGUGUUUGAGAAGUACUUUAGGUAUCAGGAAGAGGGGAGAGACGGUGAGAGGAGAGCCGUUAUUCACUACCGGGACGACGAGACCAUGUACGUGGAAUCCAAGAAGGAUCGGGUGACUGUGGUGUUCAGCACAGUGUUUAAGGAUGAUGACGAUGUGGUGAUAGGAAAGGUAUUCAUGCAGGAGUUUAAGGAAGGACGCCGCGCCAGUCACACAGCACCUCAGGUUUUGUUCAGCCAUCGAGAACCUCCUCUGGAGUUAAAGGACACAGACGCAGCAGUGGGAGACAACAUCGGGUAUAUCACGUUUGUGCUCUUUCCUCGUCACACCAAUGCCAACGCAAAGGAUAACACCAUCAAUCUCAUUCACACAUUCCGGGACUACCUGCAUUACCACAUCAAGUGCUCCAAGGCUUACAUCCACACCCGCAUGAGAGCCAAGACAUCCGACUUCCUGAAGGUCCUGAACCGAGCUCGUCCCGACGCAGAAAAGAAAGAAAUGAAGACUAUAACGGGGAAGACGUUUUCUUCUCGCUGACCCCGACAUUAGCUGCUCCUCACUGCCUAAGCGUCAGAAUUCCCAGGUGGAACGGUUCCCGUGGGGCGUGCAAUCUGGGGUACAAAUCCGUGAAAUUCCAUGUAUUUGAAGCUGUGCUUUUGCCAAGACUGAAAAGUAAUGAAACAGAUCGGUGACCUUUUAUCUUCUGUUUUAUCGAUAUAUUUUUUUUUUUUUCCUCCCGCCAUGUCCUGCUUUCUGUCAUUUUGUUUUCUUAUUGAAAAGACAAAGUCCUGGUGAGCAUACAGUUGUAAGAAUCGAGAACGGUAUGUUUUUCAAAUUGUUAAAUAAAAUCUUUCUAUCCACUU